AUGCCCAUUACACGCCCCGCGCUUUUAGCCCUCGCAGUCUCUGCUUGCACUCCUGCGUGGGCUUCGCCUAACGCCCGCAGCUUCGAUUAUGUGAUUGUCGGCGGUGGUACGGCCGGCUUGACUGUCGCUAAUCGACUGACUGAGAAUGCAUCGGUGACUGUGGCUGUGAUUGAGGCCGGUACUUUCCCCGAAGAUGUCGUUGGAAACAUAAGCCAGGUCCCUGCCUAUGCAACCCUAUUCUCAAGCACCGAACUUAGCAAUCUCGAGAUUGAAUGGGGAUUUGAGACCACUCCACAGGCUGGCAAAAAUGGCUCGGUCGUCGACUAUCCUCGUGCCAAAGCUUUGGGUGGCUGUAGCGUGGCUAACAGCAUGGCCUACAGCCAUUCGUCCGUGGGUGCAUUCCAGCUGUGGGCAGAUACCGUUGGCGAUCAAUCCUACACGUAUGAAAACGUGGUGAAGUAUUACCACAAAAGCAUGAACUUCACUCCACCUGAUAGCGAAACGAGGUUGGCGAAUGCCACCCCCUUGUAUGACUCUGCCGAUGUUGUUACUGGCGGUCCGCUGUCCGUCACUUAUGCCGCCUAUUCCGAAAGCUGGAGUACCUGGGUGGCCAAGGGUAUGGCAGCUGUCGGGAUCCUGCCUACCGAUUCGUUCAUCAACGGGAAUCUGAAUGGCUCCGCCUGGCAGCUCCAGACGGUCAAUCACGCUGAUGGUCAUCGUGCCUCAGCCGAAGUGGCCUAUUUGCGCCCUUAUCUCAGCCGCCCGAAUUUGGUUCUGUUUACAGAGACAAUGGCCGAGCGUAUCCUGUUCAAUGAUAGGAAAGCAGCUAAGGGGGUGGAAGUUACCACCGCCAACACCACCUACACUAUCCGCGCUAGAAAGGAAGUCAUUGUCUCCGCGGGAGUCUUCCAGUCUCCUCAACUCCUAAUGGUCUCCGGAGUUGGACCGGCUGCUGUCCUGGAGGAGUAUGAUAUCCCAGUUGUGGCCGAUCGACCCGGCGUUGGCCAGGGAAUGAACGACCACAUCUUCGUCCCUCUCACAUAUCGGACCAACCUCGAGAGCCAAAGCACCGUGACGGUUGAGGAUAUGGAGGAGUUUAAUAACGAUGCUACUGGACCCUUGACUAACCCUGGUGGUGACUACCUUGGACUGGAGAAAAUCCCCCAGGCACUCCGGGCCAAUUGGUCCGCAGAGACCGUGGAAGUUCUAUCUAAGCUGCCUUCCGAUUGGCCGGAAGCAGAAUAUCUCUUCCUUCCCGCCGCCCUCUUUGGAGACACUGUGGAGGGUGCUGCGUAUGGUACUGCGUUGGCCGCAUUAGUCGCUCCUCAAUCCCGGGGCAACGUGACAAUUGCGUCUUCCAAAAUGAGUGUUGCUCCUCUGAUCAACCCCAAUUGGUUCACGGCCCAGGCCGACAAGGACGUUCUCCUGGCUGCCUUCAAGCGCGUCCGCGAGUUCUUUGCCUCAGACGCCAUGUCCAGCAUCCUGAUUGGCGACGAGUUCUUGCCCGGCCCGAGUGUGCAAACUGAUGACGAGAUCUUGGAGUAUAUCGUAGAGGGAUUUUAUGCUAUUUCACACGCCUCCGCGACAAACCACAUGGGCAAAUCCUCCAACCCGAUGGCGGUUGUUGAUAGUAAGGGCAAGGUGUUCGGGGUGAAGUCUCUUCGCGUUAUUGACGCCUCUGUUUUCCCAUUUUUGCCACCAGGACCCGCCCCUCAAGCCCAUGUCUACAUGCUCGCUGAGAAACUCGCUGACCAGAUCAAGAAGGAGUGGUGAAGACUGUGACUAGGGCUUUUUUUUUCUUUUCUUUUCUUUUCUUUUUUUUUUAUAGUCUAAUGGAAGACGCUGUACGUACGUACGUAGAUAG